ACAUGUAGUGCAAGUCAACAGGAAGGCGAUAUAUCGAGUUGAUAUAGAAGCUCCGGUUACUCGAAAAUCAUUGAUAAUGCCUAAACUACCAAAUAUACUGACUCUUGAAGAGAAGAGAUACCUGCUAGCCGUUGAAAGAGGUGAUUUGGCCAACGUUAGAAGAAUGCUUCAAAAAGCCCAUAGAAAGAAAACAUCCAUCAACAUUAACUGCAUGGAUAGUCUAGGAAGGGGAGGUCUGACUAUAGCAAUCGAUCAAGAGAACCUAGAGAUGGUAGAACUGCUGGUCAUUAUGGGUGUAGAAACGAGAGACUCUCUGCUGCAUGCUAUUAACGUGGAAUUUGUGGAAGCCGUAGAGCUUUUGCUUGAACACGAGGAAUUAAUUCAUAAGGAAGGAGAGCCUUACAGCUGGCAGAAAGUCGAUAUAAAUACGGCCAUGUUCACGCCAGAUUUAACACCACUGAUUUUGGCUGCGCAUAGGAACAAUUACGAAAUUUUAAAGAUAUUGCUGGAUAGAGGCGCCACAGUUCCAAUGCCUCAUGAUAUCAAAUGUGGCUGUGACGAAUGUAUAAAACAGUCCGAGGAAGACUAUUUAAGACAUUCGCUUUCCAGACUGAAUGAAUACAAAGCCUUAGCAAGUCCGUCCUUAAUGGCUCUGUCCUCUAGUGAUCCGUUACUAACAGCCUUUCAGUUGUCUUGGGAGCUACGUGGGUUGGCUUUUGCAGAACCUGAGUGCAAAUCAGAAUAUAUGGAUUUGCGCCUUCAAUGUCAACAAUUUGCAGUAGAUUUACUGCAUCAAUCGAGAAGUUCUCAAGAAUUAGCCAUAAUUCUCAAUCAUGAUCCUGAAAGUCCUCCAUAUGAGGAAGGAGAACACAUGAAAUUGGCUAGAUUGGAGCUUGCCAUCCAAUAUAAACAAAAAAAGUUUGUAGCGCAUCCCAACAUUCAACAAUUAUUAGCAGCUAUUUGGUACGAAGGUGUCCCAGGCUUCAGGAGGAAAUCUUCCAGUGAAAAAAUCAUGAUCAUAGUGAGGGUUGCCCUUCUUUUUCCUUUCUACUGCAUGUUGUACUUGUUCUUCCCCGAGACUAAGAGCGGAAAACUGAUGAGGAAGCCGUUCAUGAAAUUCUUGAUACACGCCUCAUCCUAUUUGUUUUUUCUACUUUUGCUGAUUUUGGUAUCGUUAAGGGCCGACGACUUAGUCUUUGAAUAUUUUGGAUCAGAAUCUAUGAAGACCUAUGUGAUAGAGAAGUAUGACAGGCAAAGGGGAAAUCCUCCGACCAUUUUGGAAUAUGCUGUAUUACUAUACGUUGUGGGCUUCAUUUUUGAAGAAACGCAGGAAAUUUUUAUCGAAGGCAUACAGUCAUAUCUAAGAAAUUUAUGGAACUUCAUAGAUUUCACUAGAAAUGUUCUAUACACAGCAGUCUUCAUCCUACGUGUAGCAUCUUAUCUUCAACAGGCUACUGAAAUUCGAAAUGAUCCUUCCACUGCUUACAUAAGAAGAGAAGAAUGGUACGCUUUUGAUCCCCAGCUCAUCGCUGAAGGUCUUUUCGCUGCUGCUAAUAUCUUUAGCGCUCUAAAGCUGGUUCAUCUUUUUUCCAUAAAUCCUCAUCUGGGACCACUGCAAAUAUCACUGGGACGCAUGGUCAUCGAUAUCGUCAAGUUCUUUUUCAUUUAUACGUUAGUUCUGUUUGCUUUUGCAUGUGGUCUAAAUCAACUACUGUGGUACUUUUCCGAUUUGGAAAAGAAAAAGUGCUACCACUUGCCUAACGGCGAGCCCGAUUUCGACAACGCCGGAGACGCUUGCAUGAAAUGGAGAAGAUUUGCUAAUGUGUUUGAAUCGUCGCAAUCACUAUUUUGGGCCAGUUUUGGUAUGGUGGACUUGACAAGUUUUGAACUGACGGGCAUUAAAACCUACACUCGGUUUUGGGGCCUUUUGAUGUUUGGAUCGUAUUCCGUGAUCAAUGUGAUCGUUCUGCUGAACCUGCUCAUUGCUAUGAUGUCUAAUUCAUAUGCAAUGAUAGAUGAACAUUCAGACACUGAAUGGAAAUUCGCAAGGACAAAACUGUGGAUGAGUUACUUUGAAGAAACUGGAACCUUACCCCCACCUUUCAAUAUCUUUCCAAAACCAAAAAAUUUUUUCAAACUAUUAGGCUUGAGGAAAAAGGAUAAAUUGAAGAGAAUAAACAGGGAAGAGAAGGAAAGAGACUUUAGGUAUACAGCUGUAAUGAGAGCUCUAGUAUGGAGAUACGUAUCGGCCAUGCACAGGAAAUGUGAAGAAGCCAUCGUUACCGAAGACGACAUGAAUGAAGUCAAAGGUGAUAUUUCUUCGUUCCGGUACGAAAUUUUAGACGUUCUGGGAAAAAAUGGUAUGGAUAUAUCAUCAGCUGAGAGAAAAGAAAAAGCUGUUCUUGGAAAAAAAAUGAAAGUAUGGGAAAGACGAUUAAUGAAAGACUUCAAAGUAGCUCCCGUUGCUUCAGAGGAAGACGAAGAAUUGUUUGCUCCACCUCCAGAAAACGAAGACUCAUUAGCAAAAUUCCGAAGAAUAGCAAAACUGGCGGUGCUUGAUUCGGGUAUAAAUAAAUGGCGUCAGGUAGUAAAAGGGGCUCAAAUUGCGUCUCAAAUAGGACACUGCCAUCGCCGAGACUCGUUUAAGAAACAGCAAAAUUUGCAAAAAGCCAUGGAGGAAGCCAAAAGAUUAACAUCCAAAAGUCCAGAUAACUUAUCAAGAGUUACCACACCCAUCAAACUACCAGACAUGACAGGUUCCGAUAUCGUUGGGCUAGUGAGAGGUGAAGAUUUAGAAACAGAAUCGGUUAAAAGAAAAUUUGAUUUGAGUCCCAGUGUAACUGUUAUGGAACAACGAACACUAACUCCUGUCAAAAUCUCCAUAGCGCCGUCAGAACAGACAACCUUAGAACGGGGCAGCCCCAGUCCUCAAUCCCCUGCUAAAAAUGAACCAGAUCUCAUAAAUCUGGAAAGCACUAAGAGUUCCCCGAUGCCAAGCAUGAAAAAAUCUGCAAAUUCUUCAUCGUCUAAUUCUUUAGAUCAGAUAUUGAAUAAAGCCGAUGUCCAUGUUUCCCAUAUGAACUCUGAUGAUAAAAUAUUAAUUUCGCCACCUAUUGUCAUAUCACCACCAGAUGCAGAAAGUACCGAUAGUCCAAGUAAAAAUUCCCUGAAAUCAAAAGCAGAUUCUUUCGAAUCUUUCGAUGAAUUAAAAAAGGACGAAAUUUAUGAUGUAGUGUCAACAGAAACUGCCGAAGUUGAUAAAAUUGUUAUAUCCUCAAUAAAAUCAAGUGAUAUUAAAAGGCUUGGGGCUGAAAUACAACAAGCUACGCCAGAAUCAAAAACGGAAGUGAAAUCUCCAGACAAAUUAAGUGAAACAAGCGACAAUGUUAAAGAACAACAGACAAAAGAAGAGAAAAGCAUUACUUAUAAAGACAAAGAUAUGAACAAAAAUAGUGCAACUGCAGAUAGUGGUAAAUGUGAAAUUACUAAGGAAGAAAAAACUGCUAAAAUUGGUGGGAAAGGGGAAAAAGAGGCAUUAGAAAGUGAAGUAAAAGAGAAAUCAGAAAGUAAAGAGGUACCCAAAAUAGAAAAACUUGAACCAGAAGAAGAAAUUCCACAAUCAUCGAAGAAUGGAGAUUCGCCCGAUCCGCCUACGCUACCAAAGAGUCCGGUCGCAACUCCACUGGCACAGAGAAAUAUUCAACGGAUCCAAGACGCCAAAAGGGUUCAACCAAAAUAUGGAUGGUUGUAAAAUUGUAUAGGUACAGCAAAAAAACUAUUCCUAUAAAUUUAAUAUAUGGAAGUUGCUCAAUAAAAUGUAGGUAAUUCUUUUUUUGCUAUAUACCUAAUUUUGAUGAAAUCUAUUGUAAUUAAUGAACAAAUUCAGAAAUUGU